AUGGCUGAUCAUUUAGAUUACUCAGAAGCAGAAGCGCUGCAGAUGCGUUGGACUUUGACGCACAAGAAAGAAAGUGAGACUCCUGCGCUAAGAUCUCAACCAUGCCGGCUUCUCGUCAUCAGUUCAUUCGCAAUAAGUCUGGUCGCUGCAGUCGUCUUGACCAUUCUCACCAGCAAUUCAAACGACCAUCUUGUGAUGCGAGACGAUUCCAUCGACGGCACAAAGAUUCCACUGAUCUGGAGACAAUUCGCUGAAGAUGUUCGCUAUGCCGAGCCGCCUUCGAAUCAAUCGGACACGGCUUGGAGCGAAUUGCUGCCAUAUGGUCAAGGAUUUGUAAACGUGGACAAUCCGCGACGGAUUUCAGCUAGACCAGGAAUACCUAGUGCCACGGUUGCUGGCAAGGAGUCAUUUGGACUCUCUGUAUUCCACCAGCUACAUUGCCUGUACAUCAUUCGGAGCAUCUUCUACGACAACCUCUCAGGCAGUCAAAGGCAAGAGCACGAGGCGCAGGGUCUCGCGGCACAUCACCACCUUCUAGGCCAUGCAAGGCAUUGUUUCGACUACCUCCGUCAAAGUAUCAUGUGUGCAGGAGAUGUCUCAUACGAGUCUGCCAUUGUCCUACCCAGUGGAAAACUGGUCAAUGGGGUGGACGGCUGGGGCGAUUGGCAUUUGUGCCGGAACUGGGACACUAUCUGGCAGUACGCCGUCCAACACCGAGGUCAGAAUUUCAGUGGAAUUGUGUAG